AUGGAGCUGCUUCCCCGGGGGCCCUGGCCGCUGACCUGCCUGGUGCUGCUCUCCCUGCCAGGAGCGGGUGCCCAGGCAGAUCAGGACUUCAAGCUGCAUCAGCCCCAGGACCAAGUGUGGGUGACAGCGGGGGAGACGCUCACCCUGACCUGCACCACGUCUGGAGACGGUCCCGUCGGUCCUGUGAAGUGGCUGAAGGGCUGGGGCAGUGAGAAUGAGACCAUCUACGAGCAGACGGGCACGUUCCCCCGUGUGACGAGGGCAGUGACUGGGUCCAACACGGACUUCACCAUCCACAUCAGGGAUGUUCGCCCCGAGGAUGCCGGCACCUAUUACUGCGUGAAGUUCCAGAGGUUUCUGCAGGGCACUGAGGUGUUUCAGCAUGGAAAGGGCACGGAAGUGUCCAUCCAAGCCCUGGACCCAGAGACCUCCCAUCUGCCCAGCCAGCAAAGCACCAAGGAGGACAACAACAUCCACUACGCCGAUCUCCAGCCCCUGCCUGCAGCCCCGCAGCUCGGCAGGAGCCCCCACACAGCCCGCUCUGAGUAUGCCAGCAUCAGGGUCGCUGCCAAGUGA